AUGUUAAAAACUGUUAAUCCCAUUGAUACCGCGCAGCAUUUACUAGACACCUACUCGCUAGAUAAGAUCAAUUUUCAUGACUAUUUAUUUCCUCAUUACGACUUUAAUACGAUCAAUAUCUCAGGUAAUCCUAAAGCGGGAUCUUUUGUUGAAUACUCGAUUGAUGAUCAUACCAUUCCGGGUUCUAAACCCCAUAUAGGUAUAGUGCUUAACGAUCAGCACUAUUAUCUUACUUCGAGUCAAGUAUUUCAUAUAUUGACUCCACAGACCACUAUAGAGAAGAUUACACCCAACCUGAUCAAUUUCAAGAUUGUUAACUUCGUAUCUCCAGAAUUUAUUCCCUCUCUAGAAGGUUCUUCAUCUGAACAGUUAGCUAAAUUGUCCUAUAUCCUCAAUGUAUUUACCAAUUUCAGCUUCGGAAUGGCCAACGAGCUCAUUCGCCGGGAUUUACCCCGUAAGGCUUACUUUCAGUUGGCUCAGACUCAGAAGCAGGGUUCUGCCACUCUUUCAGAUCUUGUAUCUCUAUUCGCUGACAGCAAAGCAGUCAAAGAGAUUCUUGAUUUUCGAUCGAACCCUCUAGCGGCUCCUGCCUUAUUGCAUAUUACCCAUUCUUUCGUGGUUAAUGACCCUAUUCAUUUCAGAUUUCUUGCUCCUCAGACUUCGCUAAUGGACGAUAUUCAUUCCUAUUUGCAUCCUCUCAGUUAUCAAACCACCCAGAAUUUUCUUAACCCCAUCAAUCUUGCCUGUUCUUUGCUCUCUAUCUACCAAACAGACUCUCGAAUAUUGUUGAACAAAUACGGCGCCGUAUUGGGUGCCAACGAACGCUAUAGAUGCUUUGUUUUGCUAUCCGAGGACCUUACUUUCCAAAGUCUUAUCCAAUUCAUUAAGUAUGCCAUUGAAUACCCUCAUAUCAAGAUCUUGGCUAAAUUGGAUACACUAUAUUUACCCUUGGAAUCUGCCAUAGGCUCCAAAUCUCUUUAUGAGUUUCUGGUCAAUCUUGGGGUCUACAACAAGACUACGAAUCCCGUUUUUUCUAGUGAGAUCUAUGGUCAGAUCAAGCAAUCCAAGCUUUCAGGAAUGGUUGGUCAAUCCCUUGGUGAAUUGAAACCAUUUUGCGGUCUUCGUCAAUUAAUUCUUCAUGAUAAAGAUGAGAAUCGAGAUUUGGAAAUACCUUCUGUGGUUGAAUCAAUUCCUGCUGAGACCGUUGAUGUUUCUCCAAUAUACCAAAUCACCAAAGGACUCGCUUUUUCACUUCGUAAGAUUAGCAUCACUCAGUAUAGGUUCAACUUCUUCCUUCCAAUUCCUCGCCAGAAGCUUACCAAGUGGAUGAUUGCCAAUCCAAUAAGCUUCUCCAAACUCUUUGCUGAAUCGUUGGUUCAAAUUCCUGAUCAGCUACCUACCUAUGUCACUUUCAAGAACAGAGAAUCGCAACCAAGGACGUGUUUUAGGAUUUCGUUUGUGUUCGACUACCUUGAAUCAGACUCUCUUUCCAACCCCGAUGUGGAAGUAGCAUUGGAUCAAUUUAAGCAUACUCAAACGCUUGAGGAGUACCUUUUUGACAGUAGGCUCAGUAAUACAGAUAACAGCAAAUCUGGACAGAAAGUGUUCAGCAAGAUGUUGGCCGUCGAUAAACUACGCAACCUUUUGAAGCAAAAGGAGCAAGCAAGACUUCAGGAGGGACUUUUGAUGCCAGAAAAGGACGAUCCUGUGAGCGCUGACAGUAGAGCCAUGUUUAUAGACGAUACUAAGGCGCUGUUGGAUGAGUAUCUUUCGUUAUAUUGUCAAAAGCAAGGAAUUUCGGUGAUUCAUAGAGUAAUGGAAGUGGAUCGGACAGAAUCUACAGAUUCCAGAAAGUCUAGGAGAUUCAAGAUUUUCAAGUGGUAUGCCAACUCCUAUGAAACUUUCCGCCAGAGUGGGAAGAUGGAUAUGACCAACUUCAUCGGCAGCUUAAAGUAUGUUAAGCCAAUGAAAUUGCAGGUUGGCUCUAAACCCGUUGCCGGCUUCAAACCUCUUGGCCUAAAAAGCUAUGCCAGUUUCAAUGAUUGGGAUUAUGUGGAAAGCUACGUGAACAAUCUUCAGCUUCUUAAUCAUCUUUCUGGGAAGACCCUUUUAAGUUUAAAAGAGCUAAUACCUAAGAUAGGUAGCAAUUCGAAUGCGUUUCUUCAACUAAAGAGAAGAUUGAAGAGAUACCAGACAUUGAAACAGUUGGAAGAUUCCGAACACACCAUAACCGCGUUAAGAUGUAUUGUUGUGGACCCGCCUACAGCUGUAAUAAUCAACGAUAAAGCAAUUUAUAGAAACGCAAAGGCAUAUUGUAUGGAGUUCGAUUUGAUGGUGGACGUUGAGGUUGGCGAACAGGAACUCUCAUAUGAUAUCAUGGUGGGAGAUAGAUUGAUCUGUUCUGAGAUUCUGGAGUUAGAUCCUGUAGCAGGCAAAAUAGUGAUAAAGUAG